AUGAGCCAGCAGUCCCAGCCGGGGCGCACCGCCUCCUUCAACCGCGGCUACAACGGCAGCGUCGAAGGGCCUCAGAUCUACUCGGCGUCGUAUUCGGGUGUCGACGUGUACGAGAUGGAGGUCAACAGCAUUGCCGUCAUGCGCCGCCGCCACGACUCCUGGCUCAAUGCCACCCAGAUCCUCAAGGUCGCCGGCGUCGACAAGGGCAAGCGCACCAAGAUCCUCGAAAAGGAGAUCCAGAUUGGCGAGCACGAAAAGGUCCAGGGCGGCUACGGCAAAUACCAGGGCACCUGGAUCAAGUUCGACCGCGGCGUCGAGGUCUGCCGCCAGUACGGCGUCGAGGAGCUGCUGCGGCCGCUGCUCACCUACGACAUGGGCCAGGAUGGCGGUGUCGCGGGACGGGGCGACUUCAACACGCCCACCAAGGAGCAGGCCAUGGCCGCGCAGAGGAAGCGCAUGUACAAUGCCGGCGCGGACGGGAGACCCAAUGGCCUGUCGGGCACCUUUUUCAAGAACAUCUCGAGCACCGCAUCCCACGCAGUCGCCGCCAUCAGCAAGGCUCGCUUUGGCUCUCCGGGACCCAGGAACCGGAACGGGCCGACCAGAGCCCCCAGCUUCAGCCGCCAGCCCUCGAUGCAGAAUGGCGAUGAUUUCCCAGGCAACUCCCAGCAGAGUUACACCUCCGACUACACCAACCCGGCCUCAUCUCAACAUCAGCAGCCCCAAUUGAAUGGCAGUGUGAGCAUGCCCGACAACGAGCCGCCUAGGAAACGGGCACGGGUCACCAUGACUCCCGCCGACAGCUUUGGCUCCUAUAGUCAAAACAUCGAUCCAUACGCCGCCAACUUCCCGGGCUCACCCACAGAACCAAACGAAUCCUUUGUCUAUACGCAGAACACACUGAACGACCGCGACGCCGUCGACGAGGGCAGCGGCCCGUUACCUCCGCUGCCGUACGAGAUGUCGCCCGACGUGGAGAUCAAACGGAGCAUGCUGAUGGGGCUCUUCAUGGACUCGGCUACCGAGGAGCUAUCGCACGACAUGCUUCAGACAUUUACGCCUCUCGAACUCGACAUGCCCAUCGAUCCGCAGAGCCACACCGCACUGCACUGGGCAGCCACACUCGCCCGAAUGCCUCUGCUGCGGGCUCUCAUCACCGCCGGAGCCUCGCCGCGACGCGUGAAUGCAUCGGGAGAGACUGCUCUGAUGCGGGCAUGUCUCGUGACCAACUCCAUGGACCAGGGCUCAUUUCCGGAUCUUCUGGAGGUAUUGGGAGGCACCAUUGAGUUCCGUGACCACAAGGGACGGACCGUCUUACACCACAUCGCAGUUACAAGUGCGGUCAAAGGCCGCAACGCCGCCAGCCGAUAUUACCUCGAGAGCCUCCUGGAGUGGGUAGUAAGACAAGGCAGUGUUCCCAACAGUCAAGCAACGCAAUUAAACGGUCACGGGCUCAACGGGUCGCAAAGCAUUCCUAAGAUGGGCAUUGCGCGGUUCAUGUCUGAGAUUGUCAAUGCCCAGGACAGCUCAGGGGACACGGCACUCAACAUUGCCGCGCGGAUUGGAAACAGGAGUAUAAUAUCCCAGCUUCUAGAGGUCGGCGCUGAUCCAGAGAUUGCCAACCGCGUCGGGUUGCGGCCCCUCGAUUUUGGCAUUGGCGGCGAGAAUGCCGAGGGAAAGCCAAACGGGGAUGCCGCUGUUGAGAAGAAUGGCGCCCCUGGAUCGAACCAGCGAAGCCGUGAGAGCAGCGACGAGAUUAUUGAAUCGAUUACCCAUCUCCUGAACGAAACUGGCGCCACCUUCCAGCAGGAAAUGAAGGCCAAACAGGCCUCCCUCGACAACCUGCACGCCACCCUCCGGACAACAUCCACCCAGCUCGGCGAGGCCCGCCGAAGCGUCGAGCAGAUCACCGCUACGCUUAAGAAGCAGCAGCUCGCCCGCCAAAAGGUCGCCAACCUCACGCACGCCCGGGAAGACGACCAGUUCAGGAUCAUGAACGAACAGUCCAACGCCGCGCAGUCCAACCCGUCGUCUUCGUGGGAAACGGAGCUCGCCGCCAUGCUGGAGGCCGCGGACGAAGCCUCCACGUCGGGCGGCUUCGCCAGCGAGGGAAUGCUGCCUUCCGCGACGAUUUUGCGGGCGCGCAUCCGGGCCAUUGAGAGUCGCAAGGAGGUCACGCGCAAGAUGGUGCAGGCGCUCAAGGGGCGGAGCCGCGACGUGGAGAUCAAGUAUCGCCGUGUCGUGGCGCUGUGCACGGGCGUUCCGGAGACGGAGGUGGAUGCCGUCGUCGACGGCCUGCUCAAGGCCGUGGAGAGCGAGAAGGACGAGCUGGAGAUUGGGAGGGUGAGGAGGUUCCUUGGAGGCGUCGAGGGGGUGGUGCACUAG